AUGGUACCCCUGGUGGUAAGCACCCCUACUUCCCGCAGGUACACGGAGGUGGCCAACAACGUUCAGAAGGAGGAGACGGUGUUGAGUGUUCAGUUUGUGCUGCUGGACUGUGCUCCCCUGAAGUUCAGCUUGGUGCAGCACUGUAACGAGUGGCAGGGCAAGUUCACCCAGCUGCUCAGCCUCAUGGCCAGCACCAGGCUCAAAGAGCUGCACGUCUUUCUGCAGGAGAACGCUCUCAGGCUGAGCCAGUCCCCUCAGUCSCUGGUGGAGCUGGGUGAGAGUCUGAAGCUACUGGAGACACUACAGGGAGACCUUCAGAAGAUAGAGAGUCAGAUCCCUCCCAUCCAUGAACAGUUUGCUAUCCUGGAGAAGUACGAGGUCACCGUGGACCAGGCUGUCCAUGAGAUGUUGGAGGCUCUGAACGGGGAGUGGGUGUGGUUCCAACAGGUGGUGAUAGACAGUGACAUCAUGCUGAAGAAAAACAAGGACAAGUUCAAGAGCAGCCUUAUCUUCUCAGCAGAGGAGUUUAAGAAGAAAAUGCAGACUACUGUCCAGACCUUCAGCAGCUCAGGUCCGUUUGGUAGUGUGGUGACGUGCGAAUUGGCUCUGGAGAAGGUAGCAGCGCUGAGAGGCCAGCUGGACACGCUGAAGGAGGAGGAGGGAACCAUACGCCACGGCCUGGGCAUCUUCAAGCUUGAACAGCCGUGCUCUAAAGACGUACAGACCCUGGAGAAGGACCUAGACUACCUGCAGCAGGUGUGGGAGAUCACCCAGCAGUGGGAUGCCCACUGGGAUGAGUGGAAGGAGGGUCAGUUUGUCACUCUGCAGACAGAGAGCAUGGAGAACACCGCCCAGGCCAUGUUCAAGAAACUACACAAACUCAGCAGGGAACUCAAGGAUAAGCAGUGGGAGAUAGUGGACUUCUCUAAGAACAGGAUUGACCAGUUCAAGAGAACCAUCCCUCUCAUCUCUGACCUGAGGAACCCAGCCAUGAGGGACAGGCACUGGAAGCAGAUCUGCCACGAGGUUCAGCGGUCGUUUGACCACACCAGUCCAGAGUUCACGCUGGAGAGGAUCGUGGCCCUGGGCCUCGAGCAGCACGCCGACAAGAUCUCUGAGAUAUCCGGAGCCGCCAGCAAAGAGCUCUCCAUAGAACAGUCGCUGGAGGGCAUCGCCAUGACAUGGGAAGAGACGUCCCUGGACAUCGCACCUUACAAAGACAAGGGCCACCACAGGCUGAGUAUAAGUCCUCCGUUCUUGCCUGGCCACGCCGCCUAUGACGCUACCCGCAUGACCUUUGUGAUAUCACGCGUCGGGAUCAGCAGUGCUAAGUCUGAGGCCAGCGGGAUGUUCUCAGCGGAGGGAGAGUUUGUGGAGUUCAGCCACCCUGUGCUGCUGGAGGGUCCUGUGGAGGCCUGGCUGUGUGACGUGGAGAGAACCAUGCGCUGGACAUUGAAGGACUCUCUGAAGAACUGUCGCCUGGCGCUGAAGAAGAUGACUGGGAAGAGAGACAAAUGGGUCAAAGACUGGCCUGGACAGAUGCUGAUCACAGCCAGUCAGAUCCAGUGGACCGCUGACGUCACCAAGUCUCUGAUCACCGGCAAGGAGAGGGCCGACAAGUCUGCCCUCAAGUCCUUGAAGAAGAAACAGGUGUCCAUGCUGCACCGUUACUCUGACGCCAUCCGGGGGAACCUGUCUAAGAUCCUGCGGCUGAAGAUCGUUGCGCUGGUCACCGUGGAGGUACACGACCGCGACGUCAUCGACAAGCUGGCUAAGACGGGCUGCAACGACGUCAAUGCCUUCGACUGGCUCUGCCAGCUCCGCCUCUACUGGGAGAAGGAAGUGGAUGACUGUAUCAUCAGGCAGACCAACACACACUUCCAGUACAGCUAUGAGUACCUGGGUAACUCUGGACGACUGGUCAUCACCCCACUCACUGACAGGUGUUAUAUGACCCUGACCACAGCCCUCCACCUCCACCGGGGGGGCUCUCCUAAAGGUCCAGCAGGGACAGGGAAGACUGAGACGGUCAAGGACCUGGGCAAGGCUAUGGGCAUGUACGUCAUCGUGGUCAACUGCUCCGAUGGAAUGGACUUCAAGUCCAUGGGACGUAUGUACUCUGGACUGGCUCAGACGGGUGCGUGGGGCUGUUUUGACGAGUUCAACCGUAUCAACAUUGAGGUGUUGUCAGUGGUGGCUCAGCAGAUCCUGUCCAUCCUGUCUGCUCUGUCUGCUGGAGCCACCAGCUUCAUCUUUGAAGGACGAGAGAUCCGCCUGGUCUGGUCCUGUGGCAUCUUCAUCACCAUGAACCCCGGCUAUGCCGGUCGUACGGAGCUGCCUGACAACUUGAAGUCMAUGUUCAGGCCUAUCUCCAUGGUGGUACCAGACUCCACCCUCAUCGCUGAGAUCACCCUGUUCGGAGAGGGAUUCAACAACUGCAAGCUCCUGGCUAAGAAGGUGUUCACCCUGUACUCUCUGGCAGUGCAGCAGCUGUCCAAACAGGACCACUAUGACUUUGGCCUGCGUGCCCUGACCUCGCUGCUCCGCUACGCUGGCAAGAAGAGACGUGUCUGCCCCGACGUGGCCGACGAGGAGAUCCUGCUGAUGUCUAUGAAAGACAUGAACAUCGCGAAGCUGGCCUCCGUCGACCUGCCGCUGUUCAACGGAAUCAUCCAGGACCUCUUCCCCGCGGUGGAGACCCCUACUAUCGACUACGGAAAGCUGCGAGAGACGAUCGAGGCGGAGCUGCAGCAGGCCUGUCUGCAGGUGACCCCCUUCACCCUGACCAAGGUCAUCCAGCUGUACGAGACCAAGAACUCCAGACACUCCACCAUGAUCGUGGGCAAGACGGGCAGCGGCAAGACGGUCACCUGGAGGACCCUGCAGAGCACCCUGACGACCAUGCACCGCAAGGGAGAGCCCGGGUUCAACCUG